AUCCACGUGGGGCACAGGGCGCCAUGUUGGAUCACGUGAUGGCGUGUUGCUGAGCUCCUGGAGGCAGGGAACACCGGUAGAACUCGCGCAUGCGCCUUACAGUGUCACGCCCAUGGUUACUGUUGCUAGGAGACUGCUGUAGCGACAGAGAAGCAGAGCUGGGAGUAGCAAUAUGGCCGCCAACUACAGUGCUAACCAGGUAACUAUCAGAAGUGAGGCCACUGGGAGAUUAUUAUUAUUAUUAUUAUUAUUAUUUACACAGUGGGCUUCUUCACCUCCUAUAAACACAGCUGCUGGUGUAUGCUGCUAUAAGGGGGAGGGCAUUGAUUAAACACAUCAUUAAUAGACAAUAAUUAAUGGCUGAUUAAUUGAUUAAUCGAUUUAUUGAUCUCCCCAGUAUCAGAGUGCCUUUAAUGCCAGGAGCCUGCAGAACUGGAAUGUCUCCAAGCUCUCCAAGGAGGUAAGCAUUGUGCAUUGUGACCCAUUUCAAAUGUUAGGGUUACUCACACAGCGGCGCUGACACCUUUCCCUUCCUCCCUCUCUCACAAUCUGUUCUUCAUAUCUGAUUAUUAUUUAGUUUUAAACAUAAGACAAAGUAGGGACUGUUUUGUUUCAUGCAUUUUCCUACACUUGACCGUCUUUGACCAAAGGAGGAGCACGGUCAUGGCCGCAUCCAUUUUUGUUAAAGGACCACUAUAGUGCCAGGAAAACAUACUCGUUUUCCUGGCACUAUAGUGCCCUGAGGGUGCCCCCACCCUCAGGGACCCCUCCCGCCCGGCUCUGGAAGCGGGAAAAGGGUUAAAACUUACCUUUUUCCAGCGCUGGGCAGAGAGCUCUCCUCGCUUCUCCUGAGUCCUUCUCACCGGGUUGAAUAAGCAUCGCUGCUGGGCAAGAGCUGCGCGCGCAUUCAGCCCGUCGCAUAGGAAAGCAUUUACAAUGCUUUCCUAUGGACGCUGGCGUGGUCUCACUGUGAAAAUCACAGUGAGAAGCACGCAAGCGCCUCUAGUGGCUGUCAAUGAGACAGCCACUAGAGGAAUAGGGGGAAGGCUUAACCCAUUCAUAAUUAUAGCUGUGCGGGAGGGAGGGAGAAGGAGGGAGAAGGAGGAACAAGCUGCUGCAGACCCACACACAGCAGCAUCCUUCUGCAGACAAAAGGUAUGCUAACAGGAGGGUGGCUGCAAAUAUAAAAAUGUCAGUGUAUGUGGAUCGGAGAGUGUGCGUAUCUGUGUGGAUGUGCCAGUCUAUGUAUCUGUGUGUUGAUCUUUGUGUGAGUGUGUAUAUGCCAGUAUCUGUGUCAGUGUGUAUGAUCAAGGUGUGUGUGUGCGCGUGUGUCAGUGUUUAUAUUUGUGUAUCUGUGUGUUAAUGUGUAUGUAUAUCUGUGUAAGUAUGUAUGUGCAUACAUCCCAGCAAUUUAAAGGGACACUAUAGUCACCUCAACAACUACAGCUUAAUGUAGUUGUUCAGGUGAGAUCUAUAGCACCCUGCAGGCAAUCUAAUGUAAACACUGUAUUUUCAGAGAACAUACAGUAUUUACAUUGAUUGAUAGGAAUACCUCCAGUGGCCAUCACUCAGACGGCCACCAGAGGGACUUCCUAUCAUGUAUGGCCCUAAAAAAAUCCAUGUACACGUCAGACGUAUUAAAAUCUAAACGUCUGACGUGUGCAGGAGAGAGAAGGCACUGUGUGCACACACCUUCUCUCUCCUGCCUGUCAGCAGAGGAGAGGGGGCAGGCAAAGACCGCGAGCUGAGCGGUCAGCUGUUGUCCCGCCCUAUUAAGUAUGUGCUUGUGGAAGCGUCUGAUUGCUCCCUGCUUGCGCACCCGCCUAUUUCGUCAUUUUGAUGAAAUAGGGGGCGUGGCUUCACAAGGCUCCCGGUGCUGGAACCAGGUGAGUAAAAAGGGCUGCCUGGAGAGUCCCUUUAACACAACAUGCAAACAAACCCCUGUAAACACAACCAUUGCAUACAGACACACCUUUGAAUUCAAACUCCAGAAUUAUAUCCAAACACACCCCUUCACUCAAACACCAAUACUACACACAAAUGUACAUCCACAUUUAAGAGACAACAUUACAUACAGACACAGCCCUGCAUGCAAAUGCAAACAUUACAUACAGACACACCCUGUACUAAAAUUAUAUACAAACACCAACUCUACACACAAAAGCACACCUGAAUUUAAAAGCCAAAACUACAUACAAACACACACAGCCCUGCAUUCAAAUGCAAACACUACACACAAGUACACCACUGUAAAAACCUUCUUGCACCAGAACCCUCUCUACUUUAGUUCCGCCACUUGGUCACAUACUUGGCCAGGUUUUAAUCAAUAUUAAAGCUGGACCUGGGUGGGACCCACUAAUAUUGGGAUACUGCGACAUACUGGUGGGCUUAACACAAUAUGGCCAUCUGGUGUAACUAAAUCCCAUAUUGGUUUGCUAAGACAAGUGACUUGAAGAAUACUUUACUGCAAUCCCAACACUAACCAAACUUUACAGGGAUGCACAAAGGAUUUGGGGCAAUUUGAAUCUAACCACAAACCUUAGAAUAAGGUUAGAGUCCCAAAUAUCUGGUCUCUGUUCAAGUCUUAUCAAAUAACCAUGUCAUCGUAUUUAAAGUAAUCCAAAAAACCUAAAGGUUUUGUUGGGGUCCCCUGACUUCUCUGAAUAUUGUAUAGCUCUAGGAAUGUACCCGUCUCCAGUCUCUUGAAUUAUUUAGCUCCUGUGUGUGCCUAUAGGUUUCCUACAUUCCACAAAUGUGUCAAUUGCCCUUUUAAAAUCCACUAAUUAAAAAUGAUUAGUCAAUCAUUGCCCUUUUAAAAUCCAAUAAUUAAAAAUGAUUACUCAAUCAUUGCCCUUUUAAAAUCCACUAAUUAAAAAUGGUCAGUCAUUGCCCUUUUAAAAUCCACUAAUUAAAAGUGAUUAGUCAAUCAUUGCCCUUUUAAAAUCCACAAAAUAAAAAACUAUUAGGCAGACAGGUUUUUUUCACCAAAGUACAAGUGUUGGGAAUAUUAGUUUUAGGUAAAACCAGCCAAACUGUAAAUUGUGCCAACUUGGAGAAUUUUUACAAAUGUGUGUAUUUGAAAUUCACUGAUUUUCCAACAAUUUAAAGGUUAGUGAAUAUCAUAUAGUCUUUCCAAACAAUAAUGUGGUUUUGUAUGCAGGAAAUGAUCUUACCUUUAUGAUUGUCCCAUUAACUGCAAAGGUGGUUAGAUCUCCAGCAGUCGGUUUCCAUUUUUUUGAAAGCAGUCCUGUUCAAAUUCAAAUAAUGGGUUUUAAGGUGUUCAUAAUUAAACACAAUUUGGUAAUCACUCAUUUGUGGCCACUGGGAUCCAGAAUGGCGUUGUUUUGGGGACAGAUUGCAAAUGAUGCCGAAUAAGGUGACUGAACAUCUGUAAAAAUAUUACAUGAAAUCCCAAGGAUGUACUUGGAAAAGAGUAAUCUGAAUGUACCUUACCUGGUUAAAUAUUUUGUCAUUAUUAAAACAAGAUUCUUGUAACAAUUUGUACCUGGUUAGUAGCUCUGACUGUCCACCAGGAGGCACUGUUUACACAUGUGUACUGUAUUUUGUGAUGAUGCCUUAUAGUUGGAAUCCAGCUGGGGCAGUCAAUGAUUCCCAUUUAUACUCACUGCGACAUUUGGCUGGAUUAGCAUCAUGGGAAUUGUAACCUGCUCCAGCUGUUCCACCAUAGUUUAGCAAGUCACGGUUUGGAUGCUUCAAUAAAGUUAAAGGGAAGAAGACGGAAUAAAACCAAUUACUUAAGAUUGUAAACAUGUUUGAGCAGGGCCCUCUCCUUACAUCUUUUUCUGGUUUUAUUAUAGCCCCAUUGUAAAGUGGUACAGAAUAUAUCUAUUGUCAUCAUUAAAUAGGUGAGUUUGACAAAAACAUUUUUUUUCCUUUUUAGAAACCUUCCACCCAUGACGGUUACGCUCAGUUCAUAGCGAACAACCGGGGUCAUCUGCUUCCAGACGUGCCAAAGUCCAAGGUCAGAACUCUUCUCACUUUCAGGAGAGCCAUGGCAUCAGCCAACUCAGAUCUGCUAGGAUGUGCUAUCCCUUACAUGACUCUCAGCCAAACAACGAAGCAGGGAAAUUGUGCAUAAAUAUAUUUUAGGGCCCUACAGAUUUUAAAAUCUUCCCUCUCACAUUCACAUUUCCUUCUUACAGAAGAAACACACCAGUUUUACUGCCCACAUGGCCAACAUUGAAAGGCUAAGGCCCCUAAUACUAGGUUUAGGAUUACACCCGAGACUGUUGUCAAUGAUGAGCCUCCUCAAUAAAUUAGGACAGCUCAGGUCCACUUUGCUGUAUACCAAACAAGCUAGACAAAGUUAUUGAUAGCGGUUUCCAACUCUCUAAAGUCAUAGGGCUCAAAGGGAUAUUUUGAUCAAAAUUCCAAUGGGAUUCAGACAAGGUGCUAAUUUUAGGAGCUACCAGGAGAUCCCGGUCUCUGUUUCAGGGUUCCCAGAUUAUUUUUAUAGGGACCUUUGCAGAGAGAAUAUCCUGUGGAGGCAAGCAUUCCGCAUCUUCACUCAAUGGCUCAGAGCCAAUAUAAUCACCACAAUCAAAACUCCUGUUCUAGUAACUCUGCAUGUUAUUGCAAUGUACCAGGAACAUAUUGUCACUGGGAUUUACUUCCCCAUCUCCUGAUAACCAGCAAUGUGUUCUAGUAAAAUAUGGAAAAGGUCAAACAAUGUGACAUGUUCAUGUAUUUAAACUGUACUUUUUACCUGGACCGCACGUAUACUUAUUAAGCACAGUUGCUUUUAUUCACCCCAUUUCAGGGCAUAGCAUAAAAAAAAAAUGAAAAUCCUGACAUACGUAAAAGGUCUUUCUUUCAGACAGGCAUUAUUGUUGGCAUAGAGCCAACUUACUGUGCGUCCCUUUACAAUGCUAACCCACUGAUGAAUGACUGUUCACUAGUGUGAAAACCUCUGAACAUUUCAGAGUCAGUUUGAAAGGGGUUUCACAUUUUGGGCUGGGUUGGAUGAGUCAGAUAUUCUACUUUACGGUUUUCGUCUAAAAUUUGAAAUUCCUUAUACUUUGAAUUCCUAAAUGUCGACAAUGUGUGGGCACGUUAUGAUGUGACCACCCUUGGUUUCUAGUAACAGUCCAAUGAUAUUUAUCAUCUCUGGGCUUUGUAUCCAGCAUGUUUGACAUGUUUUCUGGUUUGCAGGAAAACCCAUGGGGAUCAUUCGUCGGAACCUGGGAGAUGCCUAAAAAAAUACCUCCUGCUAAGAUUAGCCUGACCUCUCGCUCAGCGCAGGCAUCAAAGCGCCUCCUAAACUGGAUCGACAACUCCUCGUCUUUCAUAGGUGCCAAUAACGGGCUGCGUCCAGACAUUACAGGGAAGGUGAGGCAUGCGGUGAUUUAAAAAAAAAAAAAAAAAAGAUCUUCCCACCAGCUUUUGUAGACACCAUCUCGGUCUCAUGAUGCUUUUCAUAAGACAAAUCAUGCAGUUAGACACAACUGAAUAAGAUAACAGGGCGCCACGAUCACUUUAGUUGCCAACUAGAUUUUCCAAAAAAAAGAUAGGAAACAGUGGAUAAAAAUAAAAAAAGAAUUGGUGAAGAUAUAACAUCCAGUUUAUUGACAUGGAAUAAAAAUGAAGUAUAAAAUAAUAGCACAAUAUAUGUUCAAAAACUAGCAGAAAAACCCUUAGGAAUAGCAGCUUAAUACAACAUGAUCUAAGUCUAAAGUGCUCUAGUCUAGUGCAAAUCAAAAGCGCAGGGUGCUUGUUAAGCAGCUCAAAAAUAGCAGCUAACUCCCACUACUCUUAGACAAACUGUAAUAAAAGCACACACUUAAAAAAAAAAAAAAAAAAAAAGCACAUUUUAUCAGACAUAUAUUCGAAACAUGUAUAAAAAAAGACAGGGUUCUUGCUCAGGCUCUACGUGUUGUGUCGAUCCAACUUCCUCAGGAGCUUCUAACUUCUUCCCAGUCUUCUCUCGUUUAAAUGUGCCGGUCCGGGCGUCUUGUCUUGUGACGUACAGGCGACCGGUGUGCGCAUGCGCGACCACGCUGGAACGCAACUAAGCUUUAUUGAUCGUUCCAAAUAGAUAGAACAAUCAAUUCCACUGUGGUCUGUUUUUACAGCCCUUCCUAAAAACAAGCUACUUAUAACAAUAUAAAACUGGCAUCCUUAAGGUCAUGUAAAUCGGACUAUAUACACAAUACUGUGCCUAUAAUUGGGCAUAAUCAUUAAUCAAAUAUGUUUUAAAUGCGUAUAUUUAAAAAGUUAUAUUCAUACAAGUCCAUUUACAUGUCUAUCCAAUUAUGGUUAGACAUGUAAAUGGACUUAUUCAUACAACACGUUUUUUGCCUACAAAAUAAUAUAAAAUAGGAAGGGGGUGGGUGUCACAUGUAUUCCUUGAGGGUUGUUAUCAAGGCAGCUUUAAGAUCGAUCCAACAGUUAACAACAUAUCUCUAACAAUGUUCUGUUCUAAUCAUAAAACUCAAACCAGCGGAUUUGGCAUAAAUAGGCUGGUGAAGUAAGCCAUUUUCAUUAUUGAGGGUCUCAGGUUUGAUUACAGAAGCACAGUUGGCUAAUAUCUAUAACACUAGGAUAUAGUUUUAAGCCAGAUAUAUCCUUUGACUAAAUUUAAAAAUACAAAAGGAAUAAUUCUCACACUAUAACCACUACUGCGUGCCUUGGCCCCCAACUGAAAAUAUUCUUGCAAAUGAUUUUAUGGAGAUAUCAGAUAAGUAUUUUUCUAAAAAGAACGGUUCUUUUGCAUGUUAUGUCAUGAGAAAGCACUAACACAUUAGUCAUUGAUCCACAAUAACUAUUCCUACAAUUCAAAAGCUUUACAUGAUAUGAAGGCUCACGCAGUAGUUCAGUCAAUUGUUUCUAGCGAUUUAUCCCCUUGGAGACACUUGGUUCCCUUAAUUAAAAUCAGAAUAGCUGGUACAGGAACACCGUGUUUCCAGCACGUAUCUGUUCUUUAACAGUACUGAAAGCAGGUUAGAUGGCAACAGUGACAUACAAUACAAUUUCUGUGGACACAGUGAAAUAUAGGAUAGAUAUAAAGUCCUACCGUCCAAACAACUCGUUUUCAAAAAGGUUUCAGGAACUGCGCAGCCAACUUCAUUGUCCAGCAAUGAUUUAUAUCUAUGUCUAUCUCUCAAGUCGUAAGAAUGUUUACAUUUUCACAUGUAACAUGAGAUUUUGUACUAAUGCUGUCUCUCUUGUUUAUUACAUGAAAAUUGGCUUCAGCCUUCAGGGGAUGUACAAGAGGUCUUGAAAUGCAGUAACACUACUAGUCAGGAAAAGUCUGAGUGUCGUGCAGAGAAGAAAAUGGAGACCAGUGCACCUCCUCCACCUGAGAACCAGUCUAGGCCUGGCACAGGAGGUCCUGAGCACUCCAAAAGCACAAACCAUGAAGAGCCCUUAGGGCAGGAAAAGGCCUUAAGCAGACAAAGAUCACCAGCAACAGAGAGAUCCCAGAGAGAGGAUACAACGAGAGACAUAUGACGGGAAGAGCAACAUACCGAGCUGAAACACAAGUCCACGUUAUCCAUACAGAGAUCACAGCAACGGUGAUACAUUUCUUAAAGAAUGCAAAAUAAAUAGGUGAAAGCAAAGCCUGAGUGUUGGUUAAAUUUCAUAAAAUUACCCUUUAAUUUUCCACUUUUGCAGGCUCUCGGCUGUUGAAUGGGGUUGAAUACUUUUCCUGUAAUUUAAAACCAAGCAUCAUGGUGUGGGGUUUUAGAAGUCCCAGUUGUUCUGUUACAGUCUUCAUACUCAAACCAGCAAUGUAUAAU